AGGCAGCGUCUCCUGUGAGAACAACAUAGCUCUCUGUCAGGAUUUUUAUAAUUCAAGAGUUGCCAUGUCUCGGAGAUAUGAUUCAAGAACCACCAUCUUCUCUCCUGAAGGGCGUCUCUAUCAGGUCGAAUAUGCCAUGGAGGCUAUCGGGCAUGCUGGUACCUGUUUAGGGAUUUUAGCCAAUGACGGUGUGCUACUGGCAGCUGAGAGAAGAAACAUCCACAAGCUGCUGGACGAGGUGUUUUUCUCAGAGAAGAUCUACAAACUUAAUGAAGACAUGGCGUGCAGCGUAGCAGGAAUCACGUCCGAUGCUAACGUCCUCACUAACGAACUCAGGCUAAUCGCACAGAGAUAUCUGCUCCAGUACCAGGAGCCCAUCCCAUGUGAACAGUUGGUUACAGCUCUGUGUGACAUCAAGCAAGCCUACACACAGUUUGGAGGGAAAAGACCGUUCGGUGUGUCUCUGCUCUACAUGGGCUGGGAUAAACACUACGGGUUUCAGCUGUACCAGAGUGACCCCAGUGGAAACUAUGGAGGCUGGAAGGCGACCUGCAUCGGCAACAACAGCGCAGCUGCUGUGUCAAUGCUGAAGCAGGACUUUAAAGAGGGAGAGAUGACGCUCUCCUCAGCUCUCGCUCUCGCCGUUAAAGUGCUCAACAAGACCAUGGACGUCAGCAAGCUGUCUGCAGAGAAAGUCGAGAUUGCCACGUUGACGCGAGAGAACGGUAAGACCAAAAUCAAGGUUCUCAAACAGAAAGAGGUGGAAGAGUUGAUCAAGAAGCACGAAGCAGAGGAGGCCAAGGCCGAGAAAGACAAGAAAGAAAAGGAACAGAAAGAGAAAGAUAAAUAAAAAUCUUGCACUUCCCCUUUCUUCUACUUUUUACAAUUAAAAAAAAGGGUUUGAAUUCAUAGUACACCACUCAGUCAUGUCUGUAUGUCAUACUUUUUUUCUUUAAUAAACAUAACACAAUGAUCUGUGUCUGGACGGGUAAA